AUGGGAUUUCUCGAGAGCAUCGACACGGGCCUCAGCGACCUUGUUGGCCAGUGGAACGGGUACUCUACAUGUCUCGUCACGCUCCUCGUCACCGUCAUCACCUAUCGCGUCAUGUCCUCACGGGAGGCCGACGUCCAUCCCAUGCUGCUCGUCCGCCAGUCCGUCGCCGCGCCAGUCCGGAACGAGGGCGAGAGCGCCGUCUACAGAUGCCAGGCCUUGCCCCACGGCAUGCCCCUCAACGGCGGCCUCAACGUCAGGGACACUGGCGCCUCCAAGUGGUCGCAAGGCCGGGACGGUGACCUCCGGGACGUCUGGCGAAGGGCCGUCAGCGGCACCGACGCCGGCGCCAAGGGCCGUCUCUUGACCGUCCUCGGAUCCGAGAAGGUGGUCGAGCAUCGGCUUGACGACGUUACGAGGCAGAUCAAAAUCAUCGGACGCCACCUGUCCGACAGCGGCAGCAUCAAAGUCGCCGUCUACCUCCCCAACUCGCUCGAGCUGAUGGUGACCCUCCUGGCCUGCAGCUUCUACCCGAACCUGACGACGGUCCUGAUCCCCUUUGACGUCACCAGCGAGGAGCUCGUCUCGAUGCUGAAGCGGUCCGCCGUCGACACCGUCGUCGCCGCCACGGGAGAGUUUCCCUUGGAGGAUGUCGUCGACGCCUACCCGUCUCUCCGGCAGCUCGUCUGGGUCGUCGACGAGGGCAGCAGCCACAUGGAUUGGAACGAAGCACCCGAUGGGAUGAAGGGCAACCUCGAGCUCGCCACCUGGCAGGACAUUGUCGACGAAGCCCGGGACUCGGUCGACGGCGACCUUCCCGCCCUCGAGAGCGAGUUCAACCCGCAGGAUAUCGUCACGCUUUGGCAGCGGAAGCCGGGCCAGCCGGAAGAAAUGAUUCGCUUCACCCAGGCCAACCUGGCUGCCGGCAUCGCCGGCCAGAUUGCCGCCCUUCCGACGCGGGAGAGGCUCGACGCGUCGGACCUCUUCCUGCCGGCCGACCCCUUGUCCAACAUCCACACGCUGAUCCUCACCCUCGCGGCUCUCUACUCGAACGCGUCCGUGGCCUUUAACUCGGUCGCCGGCCGGUCGCCGCACUUGGCCCUCGCCACCCAGGGCAUCGCCCCGACCGUGCUCGUCGCGAGCGCCGGCUCCUUGCUCGAGGUGCACAGGGAGUCGAUGAGCAAGCUGGGUCAGGGCCUCGGCAGGCUGUCGCAUCGCCUGUCCACCCGAAACCUCACCGAGGACGGCGUCCUCGUCGGCUUCAAUCCUCUGGUUGCCUUUGGUGCCGCGGCGCGAGCCGCCAUCGGCACCACGCCCGCGAGGCUCCGACUCGUCUACGUUGCCGAUCGGGCCGGCACCGACACGCCGCCUCUUUCGUCCAGCGUCCUGUCCGACUUGCGCGUAUUCACCGGCGCGAGGAUCAUCUACGCGCUCGCCGCCGCCCGAGUGGCCGGUUCCGUGAGCCAGACGGCCUACUUUGACUACAGGGUCGACCCGAACGGCACGAGCCAUUUCGGCGCACCGACCACGAGCGUCGAGAUUUACUUGAAGGACAAGGGAGUCCACAAGACGACUGACGAUUGCGUCGAGGGCGAGAUUGUCGCCCGUGGACCCUGCGUUUCUGGUGCCGAGGUGGAAUUGGGCGUGGUUGGCAAGAUUCUCGACGAUGGGACGCUGGCGUACGUGUGA